CGUAAUAUAAUGCCGGGUGUUUUCGUAACGUCAUUGAAUUCGCAAAAAUCAUCUAUUUUAGAGGCUGCGUCUGACCGAGACGUAAAUACAAUAUGUAGUUGGAACCUGAAAAUGAUAUGCAGAGAUUCAUCCUCGAGCUGUCAGGGGCAAUCGCUCCCCCGCUGUUCUUAACGAACGCUGUUCGCUUGGACGACGUCUAGUCGUUUUUUCGGUGAUACAGUAGUGGUGUGUGCGAAGUGGGACGAGUGUGGCGAGUGGGACGAGUCGCGGUAAGGGCGAGGGUGCUGGGUGGGCUAGGGCGGCUCAGUUAGGCGGGAAAGCCGCGGCGCGGUGGACGUGAUGGCGCACGAGAAUAUGCGCGUCCACGACUAUUAUCUCCCGAUGCACGAUCUACAGCACCCACCGCACUUCUACCAUCCAUUCGGACACUCGGUGCCAGCGUACGAGCUGACAGUGGAGGCCGCGGGCGCAGUUGCGGUGGCUUGCGCCCAGGCCAACACCGCCUCGGCGCAGCACCAUCAGCACCAUGAACACAGGAAGAGAACGUCCUCCAGGUAUAAAUCAGGCAGCGUUUACGAUGACGAUACCACCGAGGAUUCCUCUUCGAGCCGCACUGUGUCUGAUAAGAAGCAAAACCACAGCGAGAUUGAAAAGAGAAGGCGCGAUAAAAUGAACACGUACAUAUCGGAACUGAGCGCGAUGAUACCAAUGUGCGGGGCGAUGUCCCGAAAGCUGGACAAAUUGACAGUUCUCCGCAUGGCUGUACAACACCUUAGGUCCGUCCGAGGAGCCCUAUCCGCCGGGCCGCUAACGGCCAGACCUAUACCAGCCUUCAUAUCUGAGACGGAGCUAAACUCGCUGGUUCUACAUGCGGCCAAAGAUUGCUUCUUGAUGGUUGUUGGAUGCGACCGAGGCAGGUUGAUAUACGUUUCCGCGUCUGUCACUCAAAUGCUGUAUUAUGAACAGACAGAACUUCUCGGUCAGAGUUUAUUUGAUAUCCUCCAUCCAAAGGACGUAGCAAAGGUGAAAGAGCAACUGUCUUCCUCUGAUCUAAGUCCACGAGAGAGACUCAUUGACGCAAAAACAAUGUUACCUGUGAAAGCAGAUGUUAUAGCUGGAGCUUCUAGAUUCUGUCCUGGCGCGCGCCGCUCCUUCUUCUGCCGAAUCAAAUGUAAACCGAACGCCUUUGCUUCUGUCGCUAGUAGCGCACAGUCGAACGUUAAAGAUGAAUCCGAGCCUACAGCAAAACUACGGAAGAAACAGGGGCCCGAGAAAAAAUAUUGCGUUGUCCAGUGUACUGGAUACCUCAAAUCGUGGGCUCCAGUAGAGCUUUCGGAAGCAGGUGGAAUAGACCCUGGGCCUGACGAUGGCGACGCUAACAAUCUCUCCUGUCUAGUGGCCGUCGGUCGCGCACUAAACGACCUGACACCGACCCAACUCACCACAACAUCCCCAACCACUAACACCAACAAUUUCGUACCACAACAGAAUGAUGGCAAAUAUGCAUACAAUAUGGAAAACAAAUCAAGAGCAAAAGAAAUGGAUUGUCUGGUACCAAACGAAGUAACAGAAGUCCAGUCUCAAGAAGAUUACGAUGUCUAUAAGCAAAGUUACAUGAAAUCUUGGGUAACGUCGAACCUGUCCGAAGGUAGAAGUUCUGAUGCUGGGUCAGGUAACUCUGAUAUGCCGUGCAUGACGGUAGGCCAAAAUCUAAAUGAUAUUUCACUAAACAACAAUUCGGGGCCGCUCUUAAGACCGCUCCAAUACAUAUCUAGACACGCCACCGACGGAAAAUUUUUGUUCGUGGACCAAAGGGUAACGUUGGCCCUAGGUUUCCUACCGCAGGAGUUGUUAGGAUCCAGCCUGUACGAGUAUGUGAGCGGUCCUGAGUUGGGCGCCGUCGCUCGGACCCACAAGGCAUCGCUCCUCCGCCGCGACCCGCUGCGUACGCCGCCGUACAACUUCAGACGCAAAGACGGCGCGUACGUUCGCAUACAGACGCACUUCAAACCGUUCAGAAACCCUUGGACGAAAGACGUCGAGUGUCUGGUUGCUAACAACAUCGUAGUGACAGACUUACAGAAGCAACUAUGCGAGGAAGACUGCCGACGAUUCAACGUUUUCAAAGAUAACGGCGCGGCGUACGGUGACUCACGUAGUGCAGUUUCAGAAGCCGAUCUCGAAAUGCAGCGGUUGAUCGACUCGCAGGUCGAGUCGCACAAGAUCGGCUCGACCAUCGCCGAGGAAGCCCUGAGAAGGACGUCGAGAGACCCGAGCCCAGAGCUGCCGGUUGACUUGCUGCAGGACGCUGUCUUCAGUCAAGGGGCCACGUUUGACAACAUCCUCAGCGCGGAAUCGUCUUUCCAAGUGCGCAACAAUGUGCCGCUAUCCGCCGCCGCGAACUCUCCGUCGCCCGAGCUGCGCGCCUCCCCGCAACCGCCGUCACCAAGCCUCGACGAUAUUCACCAACUGCAGGACAUCCAACAGUGGAUGUGGAACCCAAUCUACAACUACGACGAAAGUGAGGGAUCCACCGGUGCAUUUUCCGGUUUGCAGUCGAAAUACUAAGAGGUUGUAACUAAACUAUCCCAUGCCUAUGUAUGGUUUGACGUUACGUUCGGUCUUCAUCUUGUUUACUGUACCGCCGUUUUGUCGAAAUCCAAUAUGGCGUCGAAUACUAUGUUUUAGUACGCGUUAACCGUUCGGAGGCUAAAAUGAGAGUUUGACAUCACGCCCGGUGCCAUUUUGUUUACUCGGAACCGCCAUCUUGUAGGCAUCCAAUAUGGCGUCAAAUGCUACCUACAUGUUUCGGUAGGCGAUAACAAUAUCGCGGCUACCGAAGACGUCAUAUAGUGCUAGCCAUUAUAGUGAAUAGUGAUCUCAGCGAGUCCUGUCUGUAGCGUUUAUUAAU